CUUGGAAAGAGAAGCAAGAGGUGAAAAAACUUGAUCUCUCAUCUGAGUUGUCAUGGUGUCUCCAAUGCAAGAGCCAGUCCCACCCCAUUCCCUCACCAACAACACCCACGGCCAUUUCUCCAUCAUGCUCAACCUCCUCAACAAGAACCUCCGCCGCGUCCUCCGCUGGCCACUAAGGCGUCGUUCCAACUCCAAGCUACGCUUCGGCGAACCAACCACCGAAGCAGCUCCUCCCCAUAGACCAAUACGAAUCGCAACGUUCAACGCCGCAUUCUUCUCCAUGGCCUCGGUCGACAUUCCCGAAGCAGACAACAACGUAGGAGGAUCGAAGUCAACGUACGAUCGACCACGAAGCAUUCUGAAAGCGUCGCAGUCGCAGAGUCCGGUGCCGGGUAAGUCGAAGCCGAGAGUGUCCAUCAACUUACCCGACAACGAGAUUUCGGUGCGGCAAACGAGCUUCUCCGAAAGCGAGAGGAAAGGGUCGUCGUGGAGUUUCCGUGAGGGACAGAGAAAAACGGUGGUUGAAGUUCUGCGAGAGUUAAACGCCGACGUUUUGGGUUUGCAAGACGUGAAGGCGGAGGAAGAGAACGGAAUGAAGCCUUUGUCUGAUUUGGCUCGUGCUCUUGGGAUGAACUACGUCUUCGCCGAAAGCUGGGCUCCUCAAUACGGCAACGCCGUUUUGUCCAAGUGGCCCAUCAAACGCUGGAACCUACACAAAAUCUUCGACCACACUGAUUUCAGGAAUGUUCUGAAGGCCACUAUCGAUGUACCCCAAGAAGGUGAACUGCACUUUUACUGUACCCACCUUGAUCAUCUUGAUGAGAAUUGGAGAAUGAAACAGAUAAUUGCAAUAAUUCAAUCGAAUGAUGAGCCACACAUUUUAGCUGGAGGCCUUAAUUCGCUCGAUGAAUCAGAUUAUUCCCAAGAAAGAUGGACAGAUAUUGUAAAGUACUACGAAGAGAUGGGAAAGCCAACACCGAAGGUUGAAGUGAUGAAAUAUCUCAAGAGCAGACACUACACAGAUGCUAAGGACUUUGCAGGGGAAUGUGAAUCCGUUGUCAUGAUUGCCAAAGGCCAAAGUGUCCAAGGGACAUGCAAGUAUGGAACUCGAGUGGAUUACAUUUUGUCUUCCUCAGAUUCUCCAUAUAAGUUCGUUUCCGGAUCCUACUUAGUUCUUUCUUCCAAAGGGACUUCAGAUCAUCACAUAGUGAAAGUUGAUGUGGCAAAAGUAAUUAAAUAGUAAUCCUCAAGAAAAUCUGACAAAGAAGAAGGGACAACCAAGACAGAAAAUUUUAAGAAUAAAAUCAGCUCCAUCGAAAUGUAUAUGAAAAACACAAACUGGAGAUAUAGAUUGAAUUAUUUUCUUCCUAAUUGUGUUCUGUAUAGCGUUAUUCAAAAUAAAUUAGAAACAAAUGUAAUAAGGGUGAGAUAUGAUGUGUUACACAUUUUUUUUUUUAAUUUCUUGGAUUUGUACAGCUUUUGA